UACUGUGCGAUAAUGAGAAGUCAAACAGCUCGUCGCGCCAAUAGCUGCACUUUGGCUCCCAGUUAUUUUUUGUGUGUCACAAGCAGUGUCACAAGCAAUAACGAUACGCAGUGCCCAGAGCGACUUACCAGGCGGCCGUGGCUUGAGGUGACGACCUUCGCUUCUAAGAAAAAGGCAGGUUGGUUCUGGCGCGGUCCGAUCGGACCAGAUAUGCACGGCAGCUAGGAUGUGGGACCUGCUGCGGAUGGCUGCAU